UGGGCUCUGCCGGCAAGCGCUCCCGCAUCCCGCAGCUCUCCCGGCGCUGCCGUCGAGAGCCGUGAGAGCGGGGGGCCAGCGGCAAUAAAAGGCAGCGAGCCCCGCUCCGUGCCACGGGCACAGUCCCGGGGAGCCGAGCACAGCUCUGGGGUCCCGCCGACAGGGCUCUCUCAGCUGCCUUCCACCGCACGCUGCAUCUUGAGGUUCCUCUGCCCCGUCUCCCUCUCGUGCAGGUGAAGGGAUUUGGCAGCCACAGCACUCAGGCACCCCAAAAGGCUCACCACAAUGGCUGCUGGCCUGGAGAAAGCCUGCCACCGAUGCAUAUCCAAAAUUGCCAGCAAUGCAUGCUUUAUAUUUGGGCUCCUCGCCUUCCUUGCCUUACCACUAUCCAUGACUUUUAUAGGAAUGAAGUUUUUGGAAGACUGCCCAGUUCAACCACUGAUUCCCUUAUAUCUGUUGGUGGGUGGUGUGAUUGGCAGCUUAAAGGUGACUCUCCUGCUGUACGACUCAACCAGGAUGAGGCAGCUGCUUUCCAAGUCGGUUGUGAUUGAUGAUGAUGACGAUGAUGAGUAUCCCUGGAGGCAGAACGCUCACAAGUACUACAUCCAUCUAACCCUCAGCCUUUUCCUCUUUCUCUGGUUCAUUCUUGGGAACUACUGGGUUUUUUCUGUGUAUCUGCCAAAUUUCAUCCCGCCUUUUCAUCAGCCUCAGGAUUACUGUGACAAAACCCUGUAUAUUUUUGCUGUUGGUGUUCUCAUUAUUAGUCAUACUGUUCUGUUUCUCCUUAUCUUUUGUAGCUGCUGCAUAUACUGUUUUUCCAGGCAAAGAUUCUCUUCUGAGGAAGACUAAAUGCUACAUAAAUAAAUCUCCAGAUGUUUGGGAAAGUGUGUACAACAAAGAACAGGCAAUAACUCACCCUUGUGUACAUCUUUGUUGUACAAUACAUAUGUGUGAUAGCAGUCAACUUCAAGAGGAAAUUAAAAAAUACAGUACCAUCUGGAAAUAGCUAUGCUGGAAUACAGCAUAGUCUAUGCAAAAAUGCUGCUGCAGGUGCCAGGGUGUACUCCUGCUAACUGUUACAUCCCUUUUUAAACUCUGGAUGUUUUAUCAGGAGUGAGCUCUUGCAGAUGGCAAAUUCCUCUAAAACCUGGUCCCCCUUAUGUUGUAUAUAGCACAAUACAUCUUUGCCUAUAAAAGUAGCCAUGUUGUCCUCUUCAGACUGGGAUCUGAACAUUUCCCCAUAGUCUGGCUCAGGUUUGUUAUUGUCCCUGCAUUAUAGAUGAAGGAGCUGAGACAAAGGGUUGUAUUCAGGCCACUUUGCAUGGUGCAUGGAUUCUGAAAGCAGUUGAGAUGCUCACUAGAGAGCUAUUCAGACUGUCAGACUGGCCACUAAGUAGCUGUGAUAUCAAUACAAGCAUGUAUAAAAGGCAGCCUGAAUAUGGCCCUCAGGUCUCUUCUGAACUUGGACUAGGAAACAUCUAUAUCUAACCUUGUGGCUAAACCAGACAGUAUGAAUACAUCCAUACAUAUCAAAUACAUCCAAACUGAGCCAAGGCUGCUUUGCAGGUCUUUGGCAGAACAAGGAACCGAGCUACUGAGUGUCAGAUUGGUGCUUCAACCAGGGCUCAGCAUUCCCCAGUCGGGUGAUACACUUUUUCUACAGCAGUAAUUUGUCACUACAACACUAACACAAAGAUGACUGUCAAACCAUUGUGAUCAAGUUCAUAGAAAACUGAUGAUUGUACCUUGGUAUUUUGAAUAUAAACCAUAACAAUAAGACAUGGGCAGGGAUGUGAGAAUUUCAGGCAGAUGUGUUCACUACAGCAGCUCUCUGGUUGUGGUGUGAGUGUGCAUUUGAUUUGUUCACCUUGGUGCUGUACAUACAGAAAUCUGUACUAAAUGGACAGAGAUAAUGCAAACAGCUUUUCAGUCAGCAGCAGCAGCUUUAAAAGCGCCAGCAUGAACAGAGACAAUUUGUUUUUUUACAUGUAAUGGAACAACCCCAGAAGUGGUCCUGGUAGAUUGGUUUUCUCAUGUGUUGAUGAAUGCAGUGUAAAAGUGCUCUUUCUGCUUUUGCUCUUAUGCAUUUAUGCUAAUGUGGUCAAAAUGGAGGGGCUCCCCUCUAGAUGAGCUUGAGGGGGGCCCAAGACACAGGAAAAAGAUGUGUUUUGUGUAUUUUGUCUGUUAAAACCCAUGCAGCUGAAACUUGCGUUUUGGAGAAACCCAAAAGGGUUAUAAAACGCCUGUGAAAGGGUGAGAUAUGCAAAAGAGCUCAACAAUAUGCCACAGCUGAACAGGGUCUGUUCAACCAUCCUUCCUGGGACUGAGGAUGAAAGCAGUGUAACAUCUGUGGGAACCACCUGUCUUCAAACAUGAACAUUUAUCUUACCAGCUAUUGUAUAGAUAAGUAAGCCUGCAUUUGGUUUACAAGGAUAUUAAUUCAGGCCCCAGAUGUAAGGAUUGUUUAUUUCCAGAGAACUAAUAUUAGAAAGAAGGUAGGAUAAAGACGAAAUAUUCUGACAUGAGGGCAGUGUCAGUGAAGUGUUCCCCUGCUCUGCAGUAUCUGCUCAGGAGAGGUCACAGCCAGGCUGCCCCAUUCAGAAAUCCAUGGAAUAGAUCUAUGGAACACUGCUGGCUGACUUAGGUCAUGCACAGUUGUAUGUAGGAAAAUGUGACCAAUGGAAAUCUUUCCUUUUAUUUGUGGGCCUCAGAUUGGAUCUGAGAAAAAUCACUGUCUCUGUUUCCCAAAGAGCUGCUCCACCACAGGCUCUCCACUGCCCCUCACUUUUCUGAAACAUAACUGCUACCAGUGGUGAAAUACUAGAAUUCCUCUUUCCCACCACAAACACUACAAUGGCUCAGCACUUGGGCUUCUGGAUUUUAAGGUCCAGUUCCGAACUGAUCUACAGGAUUUUACCUUCAGUGGAGAGCAUCUUUCAUUUGUUAAGAACCUGAAAUGUUUAAGAAACUGCCUGUCAGAAGGCACAACUCCAUCCAUCACUCAAAUGCAAUAAAGCAGCUGUUUAUGAUUACACAGGAACUUUACCCAGUAUCUUGGAACAGGCAUAAAACCAGAAAAUUAUUACACAGAUGAUAAUGCAAAAGAAAUUUAACAAGAAAGUAGCUCCACCCACAGGGCUCCAGUACAAAUUUCCCUGUUCUUGCAAAAUACUGCUAGAAUAAUUCUUAAUCACCAGGAAUUAAGGGCUAAUACUCCUGAUUGAAGUCUGAAUUGAUUCCAGUGACCUCACAGCAGAUGGAUGUCCUCCUAAUGGAGUAAAUAAGAGGAGAUUUUAGUUCAGCCCAGAGGAGAAGUGAGGUAAGUGACAUUGCCUUGUGUUUGCUGUGUGCUUUCAUGAGUGUGGUUACAGCAGCUCAGCAGAUGUGCAAUGACUUGCCAAACUUCAGCCACACAACAGUAAACCUGAGAUCUAUAACUCAUUCAUGGGAGGCUAAGACUGACUGAUUAUCUACAGUCUGACACGGAGGACUAAUUCUUCAGAUAUGAGAACCCAGUGCAUCCACUGACAUCUUGGGAAAGUGCUGCCAAGUCGCUGUGCUAGCCUUCAAUACCUGGAUGGUACAAACACAAAAUUAUAGAAGUGGUAUUAAUGAGGCAAAAGACAUUUGUGAAAUAUUUUGAAGUCAUACAAAGUAAACAAAAUGCUUUGCUACAAGCAAGAGAGAAAAAUCCUGCACUAUUUACCUUUACCUUGUGCACAUCAAUAUGCUAUGGCACAUACAAGUGAGAACAACACCCCCAAAAUUGUUGGAGCCAUCAAUUCUGUGCCCAAAGGGAUCUAAGCAUGCCUUCUGCACUUUCAGCAGACUGGAAUCUUGCAGGACUCUAGCAGAGACACUUGGUUUGGGCAUGUGAGUAGAUACACCUGAGUCACAGUGACUCUUCUGACCCACCAGCAGCUGCAUGGUUUCUCUCAAGUUGUCCCACUGGCUAAAAGAAGCACUCAAACCUAAAUGAAAGUAGUUUAAUUGAAGACACUUUAUCUCACUGAGGGGCAAGCUAUGAACAUAUGCAUGGGCCACAGCACCCUAACUUGUAAGCAGCAGUAUUUUGAACUGCCUCAAACUGAUGGUGUCCCAGACAAAUGCUCAGUCCCUGCAGAAGCAGGCAUGGCUCUUCAGCAAACAGCUGCGGGGGAAUUAAGUCAUUACAGCCGAAAUGUCAAGCGGCUGAAAAUUCAGUCUACACCUUAAAAUGUUAAAUUUAAAUUUUGCUACUAGGCUAAAAUGACAAAUUGAGAAUGUUCAUUUUCUUCCUGCAGUAAUAAUACAUGUCUACUGAAAAACUGAACAAAAUACACCCUUAAGCUAAUUAUUAUGCACUCAGUGUUGACUACGAUGCAGGAAACCAGCUCUGUUUCAGUUAAAUCAUCUCCCCUGCUUGAGAAGGAAAGGUCUAUUUCCAGUAUUUAAAGGAAAAAAAUAUACAUUAUUUCAAUGGAUUAGAUAGCCUGCUCACUGCUAGUUGUUAGUACUACAGAAAUCUAAUAUGAAGACCCAAAGACAAUUCUGUAUGCACACACUGACUCUAUACACAUUCAUACAAGUGCACUGUCAGAAGCCAUGAAAUAAGUUACACUUAUUACCGUUUAUUGCCUACAGUAUAUUUGUCCUCCCACUACUCCACCUUCUUUAGCAAUAGGCAUAAGAUUCCAAAGCUCUAGAGAGUAGCUUUCCACAGCUAUUUUAGAAGCAGCAGACAGACAAGCAAUCCUUCACUCCAAAUGUUGAACACAGACAGCUCCUACCUGCUGGCCCAAAGAAGAGAGAAAAGAAGAGCAUCAGACAUGUCACAGACCUCAUCUUCUCAGGACUGGAAACUGGAAUGCUGUGCUGUCAGAGAAGAUGAUCUCUCUCACAGAGCACUUGCUCUGAGAUUUAUGAGGUCCCAAGACAUCAGACUUUAAAGCUACAAGGUAACUGUGCAGAAAAAAAAUAACCUAGAAUAGCUUCUGCUUCUUUAUGCCAAGAGCUGUUUCAAAUGUCCCAGAUCCUGAAAUAGGAACAGUUGGUGUAAAAGAUCCUAAAAGAUCCUAAAUUCUUUGACUUCACAGGCAAAGGGCUACAAAGAUUAAACUGAUGAUUAAACAUAUAUAUUGUACAACAUUUAAAACUAGACCAGUUUCUGUAAGUUAUCUUGAAUCUUUUCUCAGAUAAUUAAUCUUCUCCAGAUUCUAGCUGAUAGAGACUUUGCAUCACAAGGAGGACCCUUGUAUGUUCUACAUAUAAUACAGAAAGGAUUGUUACAUCAGAACUGCAAUUUGAAACUGUUGCUUGUUGGCAUAGGUUUCUUCAGGUUCCUGUUCACUGCUGGAGAAGAUGUAAGUCCCACAGGUAUUAGCCAUAGGAGGAAACAGAAAAUGUUUUUAGAAAGUAUAGUACUUGAGGGAAAAGUACUAUACUAAACGUUGUUAGAAAGUAUAGUACUUGAGGCAAGUACCAUCUGAUAUUGCACAGUACAAGGAAACUGCUGAAAAGAACAAUGUCAUAUUGCAAGGUUUCUGAACAAAUUGUAUGAAAUUCUGAGAAAUUGUGUAUAUGUGUUUGUAACACUGAAUUUCUACCAAAUGUCUCAUUUGAAUAAAAAUGAG